AUGCCUCGGAGUAUAUCACGGUCGCCGUCGUACAGGCGGCGUUACUCUCCCUCACCUGUCAGUUACAAGCACAGCCGGCGCAGCAGAAGGGACCGAAGCCGCUCACCUUAUUCUAAUUCUCACGGCAGGCGAAGAAGUCGUUCGGCCACCCCUCGUCGUCGUAGAAGUCGUUCACCAACUUUGAGGCGCCGAAAAAGUCGGACUCCAACACCUAGGCGCCAUAAGAGGCAAAAAAGUAGGAGUACGUCAUUGUCUCCUUUGCCUAAGUCCCAAAGUCCAAGUCAUUCAUCAAUCGAGCGCAAAAAUGCCAUUGAAAAAUUGAGAAAGGAAGAAGAUGAAAAGAAAAGGCAACAGGAGGAGGAGCUCAAACUAUUGGAAGAGGAGACUGCAAGGAGAAUUGAAGAAGUAAUUCGUCAAAGAGUUGAGGAGAGAUUGAGUUCUGAAGAAGUAAAGCUGGAAACAGAGAGGAGAAUAGAAGAGGGUCAGAAGAAACUGUUUGAUGACGUUGAAGCUCAACUUCAAAACGAAAAGGAAGCCGCCCUUUUUGAAGCGAGACAAAAGGAAGUAAGUGUCUAUGAGGCUAGCUGA